UAAUAUAAUAAUACAUUAAAUAACACUAUACUAAUUUAAUUAUAUUUUUAUAAAAAAAUUAUAAUUAAAAAUGAUCAAGAAAUAUUUUUUAUUUAUGUCAAUUAAUUUUUGGUAUUUGUCUGAGGUAUUAACCCAGACAAGUCUUCACGAAAUAAAUAAAGAAAAUUUCAAAUCAUACUUAAUUGAUUCAUUAGAUCACAUUUGUAAACAAUCUGGAUGGAAAACAAUGGAACACUUACAAUUUCAACAAUUUGAAUGUGCAAUAAACACCUCCUGUAUAACUAAAGACUCUGUCAAUAAAGAUAAUUAUUUAGAAAAAAUGUCAUGCAUAACUCAUCUACUAAAUUGUCAAUAUACUUUUGUAAUGGAAAAAUUUAAUGUUAGGUUAGGCGUAAUUUUGGAUAAAUGCCAAGAGGAAAAAUAUAACAAUCAAAUGGACCAAUUAGGACACUGUCUAAAUCGGAUACUUGGCAUUUUUAAAAGCUCAAUAACGACGUUUUCGAAAAUGUUAGAUGCGGCAAGAUACAUUAACCAAAUAGAUUUAAGAAUAAUAAACUCUUCUUUAAUCAAUCCAAAAUGCAUUGAAUAUGAAAUUGAAUUGUUUUACAAUAAUGCAACUAAGAUAGUUCAGCAGUAUUCUGACUAUAGUAUCACACAAAAAAAAUACUACAUUUUCGAUUUAUUCGAACAAAUAAAUGAACUUUACAAUGAAACAGAAAACACGAUACUUUAUCUUUAUGAAACUAGAAAAGUUUGUGGUCCAGAUCAUAAAAAUACAAUUUCAACUGAUUUAGUAACUGUAUUGAACAUAGACCAAAUUAAUAAAUCAGUAAAUAAUUUAUAUGAUUAUGUCGACAUUAUAUACAAUGAAGUCAGUUCUUAUAUGGCUAAAGUAAUUGAAAAUAAUUUUUUAAACCUUGGCUUUGAAAAAAUAAUUGGAACUAAUUCAUUCAAGUUUACAUAUUAUACAUAUACAAAGUAUGUAAAAAGUGUUGGCUUACAAUUAUAUGAAAUUCUAUUAUCUCAUAAAGGUUGGAAACUUUGGAAGCAUAUAAAUGUGAAAAAUAAAUUCAGUAAAUGGAAUCAAAUAAAUAUUGAUCAAUUAAAUGUUCCAAUUAAUGGCAUUAAUUAUUCAUACAUACGGACUUGCACUAUAGAGUUUUUAAAAUGCCGUUGUAUUGAAAUAUUUCAAUAUUUUAUUAGUAUGUUAGAAUGUAUUAAUAAAGUUUGUCAAGACGAAAAUAAAAAUAGCUGUGCAACUACGCUUUUCGAUAUUAUGGUAAAAUCUGAUGAAAUGUUUAAAAAUAUGUUAUUUGCUUUGAUGACAUUGAGAUAUACGAAAGUUAGUAAUGAAAAACGCAAUACCGCAACAAAUAUAGAGUUACAAAUAGAAUUUUGUAGAAAUUUUAUUUAUAAUAUGAGAAGGAAAUAUUGGUCAUCAAGUUCUUUCAUUGGGCAAAUUACGUAUUCUGAACCAAAAGAAUUUCUCGAAGACAUAAAAAUGUUUACAAAAGAUUUAUCAACUAAAUUCUUUCAUACAUCUCAAUAUCAGAUGAAGUAUUGUGUAAUUGAAAAGGAUUCUGAUUUGUAUGAUUUGAUGAUAAAAUUUUAUAACUUAAUUAAUAUUAAUUUUUUUAAUGAAUACACCGAUAUUCAUAAAACCAUGUAUGUGAUUUUCAAUAACUUUAUUGAGAAGAUUAAUAAAGAAACUUAUGAGAAUUUAGGUUUUAAUAAAAUAAAAAUAAUAUAAAUAUAAUUUUUUUUUUUUUAAUUUCAUUCGAAUAAUUUUGCAUUUAAUUUAUUUGUUUCUUUCUUAAAAUAUAUUCAUUUAACUAAUAGUUAUUUUUUUGUUUAUUGAAUAUAUAAAAAAACCCCAAGACUUUUUUAAUUCUGGAAUAUUCAAGGACAUGGAAACCAUAUUUUGCAUAGUGAUCUAAAACGCAAUUUAAGCAAUAUUAAUAUAAUUCAUAAUUUUAUUAAAAUAAAUUCAAUUGUAUUCAAAUAAAUUGUUAAUAGAAUUAAAUUUAUUCGUAACAUAUUAAAUAUAUGAAAUUAACUAAUUAUUAUUCUCUAUUGAUUGGAUAUUGUUACGGCAUAUAUAUAUUGGUAUACCGCUGGUGUAAAUAGUGUCUAUCGCCUAUAUUUUUAUCUUUAAUAUUAGUAAAUUGCCGUUCUUUAAGUUACGAAAUAAAUUAAUAAUUAUAUCACUGUCUUUGAUUUAUGAAUAUUAUGUUAUUAAUAAUAAAUUUAUACAUAUC